GAAUAGUGACCUUGACCUCUCCUGUAAACUAAACAAUUUUCCAUCAUUUGAAAAAGAAUGGGAGAGAAAGAUCUACCCCUUUGCGGAAAUUCGGAUGAAAUAAGACUGUACCAUUACAUACUAGAUCUUCAUUGCAUUCCGGAUGAAAAGAAAUUUACAGGGUCUAUCAUAAUUUUUUUACGAUCUCCCUCUCCCGGUCAAACGGGAAAGGUCUUUUCAGUCAGAGAUUGCGUUCUAUUUGACUUAAAAAACAAACUAAAUUAUGCCAAAGAUGAAUCAAUAAACACUCAGGAAAAUUGGGAAUUGAAAUUAGAUUGUCAUCAGUUGGAAAUUAGUAAAGUUACUGAAUUAUUGCUGAGCAAUAGUCUUAUCCAACAAUUACAGACUGGUUCCACUCAUCUCCUAGAACAGAUGAGGGAUUGUUAUUUAGAAUGUUCCACUUGUACUUCAGAAUCAUGUUUAGAUUAUGUAAUUGAGGAAUGGUGCUUAAAGAUUUCAAAAAGAAAUUCCUAUCGUCCAGACGAUUUCCCAACUGUUAUUAAAAUAUACUAUUCAACAAAGCCUAACGGCAAAUCUCUUAGAUGGUGCAUUGAUCAGGAUGGAAAGUAUGAUAUGUUAGUUUUCAAAUUAAGAUAAAAUGUAUUCUAUUUUAUAUAGCAAAUGCGUCUACACUGCUGGCAUGUGGAUAAACAACAGAGCCUUAUUCCCUUCCCAAGAAUACGCUUGUCUGUCCACAUGGCAAUCUUUGAUCUCUUGUGAUAGCGACUACUAUCCAUUAAUGAGUUCGGAUUUGGAGGGUAGUCGAAAGACAAAUUCCAAGUUUUAUUUUGAAAGUGCAACGCCAGUUCCUAGUUUCACUUUAUGCAUUGCUGUUGGUAAGUGGGAUUCAAAAGUCUUAGCACCUAUAUCCGAAAGCUUUUUAAGCAAGAAUGCUAAACAAUUCGAAUGUUUUCACGAUACACCUUGCCCAAUUACUUACUGUUUGAAUGAAGUACUUCCUUGUACUAUCUACGCACCAACAUCGAGAUUGCAGCUUGUAUAUGAUAACUUAAAGUUUACUCUUCAUCGAUGCGUUGAUGUCUUAAAAAAAUUUCUUGGCCCUCAUCCAUUUUACAGAAUGGAUAUUGUUCUCUUUCCUGCAUCGUCUCAAGAUUUGGCGUUUGCUAAUCCGAAUAUAUUAUUUCUCUCAGAGUCAUUUCUAUCGAAUGAUUAUAGAUUUAUCUUAAAGUUGGUGCAUGAAAUAAGCCAUUCGUGGUUUGGUCUUUUAAUUGGCGCUAAAGAUUGGACAGAAGAAUGGCUAAGCGAAGGAUUUGCAACGUUUGUUGAAGAUUUAUUAAUAGAAGAACUUAUCGAGAAUGAAAAUCCAAAAGAAAUUAGGGAAAUACGAUACCGUAUGAGAUUAUCGACACUAAAAUCCGAAUUGGCCCAUACAGAUAAAAAUUUGCAAGCUUUAAGACCAAAUAAAGGCGAAGAUGUAUACGAAAAUGAAGAAGUAAAGUUCAUUAAAAAUGGAAUGAAUCCUGAAAAGCAAUUUACUCAGGUGCAUUAUUUAAAGGGAUAUUUCCUACUUUCCUAUCUCUACGAAUACUCUGGAGCCGAAAGUUUUAAAUUAUUCUUACGGGAGUACGUUAUGCUAUACCAUGGAUCCAUGGUUAAUUCUAAAGAUGUCCUUACAUUGUUCUUCCGAAUGAAUCCUCAAUUAGAAGAUCCAAUAAAGUUUAACGAUACAUAUUUAUAUAAAGUAUGGCUGGAUUCAGCAGAACUACCAGAAUGUUUGACCGAGCGACUAGACGAGAACAAUACUUUGUAUAAACAAUGCUUAGAAGCGGAAAAAUUCUGGAAGGGUUUAAAAUUGAGAAAAAGUCGUAAAAAGAGGAAAAUUGACUUUAGUCAAAUAAGAAAAAUGAAUUGUUUUCAAUUGGAACUUUUAUUAGAUUUAAUCAUUAGGUGGACGUCAAAAAGGAUGAAUACACAGUGCAUGAAACAUCUAAAUGAAGUUUAUCGAUUCGAUGAAUGCAAUGCCGACAUAAGGCACAGAUGGUCAGAAUUAGUUAUUCGAACCGAUUACGCCCCUGCGUUCGACGAACUACGAAAUUUUUUAUUAAAUAAUCAGGCAAUGGGCGUCUAUCUGUAUGGAGAAGCGUCGAUCUUAGGAAGUAGACGUUUAAAGUCGUUGGUAAUCGAAUGCUUUAGAGCAAUCGAAGACGAAAUGGAAGAAGGGGCUAGAAAGGCUGUUCGAGUGAUGCUGUUUGGCGAAGAGUAA